AUGUCGACUCACCCUGGAAACCCAAUCUCACCUCCUCCAGCUCCAGCGUCGGCUGCUAGCUCUGGUGGCGGAGUUCGUCGCCACCAUACAAUCUCUGCCUCAUCUCGCUCUGCUCGGCCGACUUCGAAAAUCGGUAUAUCUGAAUUGGAAGACCCGCAAACGGAACAGAUAUGGGCCGAAGAUGAACGCGUCGACGAGGAUUGGGUCGGAGGCAUCGGUGCUGUUGGCGAAAAAUCGUCCCUACAUAGACAGGCCUCCCUCCCGACGCGAUACCAUCGGGUCGGUGGCCAGCGACGACAGCCAGGUUCCCAUACACCACGAACUCUGAACAGUUUGUCAGCGAUUGCCGGACAUGAUGGUGAAGAAGAAGAAUGGGAAAGAGAGAUGCGAGAUCUCCGAGACGAAGAGGAGCGCGGUGUGACUGUUUCAGACCAUGGACAUGUCGUAGAUUCCUCCUCCUCCGCGGCUUCUCCUCUUUCUCCGCAUUUUGGAGGGCUCUCUGGUGGACCAUCACCGCCUCCCGGGGGAUCUUCAGGUGUGCGCAGACAUCAAAGUCUUAACUAUCCAACAGCUGCGGCCGGUGUGCGCCAAAUGAACUCCGGCCUUAAACGUGCUGGUACGAUCCAAGCAGGUCCCGCCAAAGGCCAGGCUGCCAGAGGCAACCCGUACUCGGGUGCUCAAAGUCCCAGUCCUACUAACGCAGAAGAAGAAUACGAUAACGACAGUACUCAUGCAGAGGAAGAUUCAUAUUUUUCUGGCGCUGGCCAGAGUCAGGGUCAAUAUCCCACUAGUCCAAUGGGCAGAUCAUCUCCCUGGGGAGCUUCGGGCACUGACUGGCGCAACCAGAUUAGUGGAAAUGGGGGCUCGCAGUUUGGAGGUAAUGGUAACAGUGUCGGCAUCGAUGAUGUGUCGCGUGCCCUAUCUGCCCUCGAGAUUAACCAGCAAUAUGGUGCUGGAAAUUAUCAACAAGGGCAAUCCGCCCAUCCUCCUCGCUUCAAUCCCAAUCAUCCCCCUCCUAUGCAAGCACCCGGCUUGCGUAGCGGAUCUGGUGGGAGCGGGGGUUCUUCUCGGAAGCUUCAACUCGUGACCGACUUGGAUGCGCGUAACAACGGACAGAGCUCGGUGCAAAGCGCAUCCGCGUACGUGCCUCCCAUUGGUCAUCCCAUGUCACCAGUUUCCCAGACUACCCAAUCGCGCGGCGUGGAUCGUGAAGAACAGCAGCAACAACCCGGCCGCGAGCGUGCAUUCACCGCUUCCGGUACAUCAACAUGGGACCAGAAGGAGCGCAUCCUUGGCGGAAGAACGUCCAACCCGAGUCUCCAUCAUCUCUACCAGAGCAAGAACGGAAAUGGCCCAGAUAUUCCUAGUGUUCCUCCGAUUCCUGCUCAGUAUCUCAAUCAAAGCCAAGCUCAAGCACCGAGGAUGGGCGUUGCUUCCGGCAAUAUGGGCUCUCAAUCACACAAUAGGGCGCAGUCUCAAGGUGGAUCCUUGGAUGGCGUCGUUAAUUCUCCUAUUGAUGUCCCCACACUCAUCGCGACUAAGGGCUACAACCCUGUAGACUUCGACACCAGACCACUCUUUGCGCGGUAUUUUGUCAUCAAGUCUUACACUGAAGAUGAUGUCCAUAAGUCAUUGAAGUACGAGAUCUGGAGCUCUACCGAUCCCGGAAACAAACGCCUUGAUAAAGCUUUCAAGGAGACCGCUGGCCGCGGGCCAAUUUACCUAUUUUUCAGUGUCAAUGCUAGUGGUCAUUUCUGCGGGAUGGCUGAAAUGUUAACACCGGUCGACUACACGCGCAGCAGUACAGUGUGGGCAUCGGACAAGUGGAAAGGGGUAUUCAAGGUUCGAUGGAUCUUUGUUCGCGACAUCCCCAACGCCAACUUGAGGCACAUCAGGCUGAACAAUACGCAAGAACGCAAACCAGUCACCAACUCUCGUGACACUCAGGAAUUGCUUCCGGAUGCUGGACAGGAGAUGCUGCGUAUCUUCCAUACUCAUCCCGCGCGAACCUCGCUCUUGCAAGAUUUCGCUUUCUACGAGCUACAAGCUAUGCAAAAAGUACAAGCUGUCCAAGCGCAGGUACAAGUACAAGGUCUCCAGCAAGGCCCCUCUUCACCUACUCAAUCACCCAUGAUGUCGCCUGGCCAAUCACAAAUCUCCCUUGCUGGGUCGUCCGGACAGCAUCCAUUCGCGAUGUCCAAUCCUACCGCGCUUGCAUACGCUGCUCAACACAUGGGCAUGCAGCAGAUGAACAUGAACAUGAUGGGAAUGAAUCCGUUGAUGCAAAUGCAAAUGAACAUGGGAGGCAUGGGUACCCCGUACGCGAACCCGCACGCUAUGCAGAGCGUGAUGCGCCAUCCGAGCCCAGGACCCAUGUCUAUCGCUGGAACGCAAAACUUCAUGAGCUUAGGCGGCAUGCCUGGGUUCUAA